AUGAGUAAACAAAGUGCACAGCAAAUGCAGUAUGGGAGCUGGGAAACUGAUGACUAUUCAAGUAACUCAGAUGUUUAUAGUGAUAAUAUAUCUGAAAGUGGAUCAGAGAAUUGCAGUGACUAUAAUUCUGAUUACAAAUCAGAUAAUGAAACAAAUACUAUUGAGUCUCCAAUAUCUCAACCCCCUAAAGUAGAAGAACUAAUGUCUAAUACGACAUAUUCCACAAAGCAAGUGAGCCCCACAUAUUUCAAAAGGCAAGAAAGAUUCGAUGAUAAAUUUAUACAAAAAGAUUUGCUAAAUAAAAUUUGUGAAAUUGCUUCCUCACCCACUAGAGAUAUAUCAAAUAAUAAAGGUUCAUUGGAAGAUAUAUAUCUGUGGGAUUAUCUCUUACCUAAUUACGGAGCAAAAGAAGGAAUCAGUCUACUUGAUACAUAUAAAAGAGAGGAGUUAGCAGAUAAAUUAGUUAUCCAGGUAGAACAGAGUAAAUAUAAAAAGUUUUCUGUUAUAAAUGAUAUAUCUGAAGUAUAUAGAGUCCCUGGAAUACAUGAAUGUAUUAACGGACAACGAGCUUUGAGACCUGUAAUUGAUAUUGACGCUCCAUUAGGGGAUAUGGAAGCUGAGAAAAAAAAAAUAAUUGUGGGUCAAGAUGCGUUAAAAAAAUAUGCGAAUCUAGUUUUGCAGAAGUAUCCUAAUUAUCUUGGUGAUUGGGAUAUUGAAGAAAAAAAUUCUCAAUGGUAUACAUAUUUCAAUCGAAAAACAUAUCUAGAAUGUCCACUAUGCAAUUGCACACGACAAGGAUCACAAAAAAAUAAAAAUAAUACUACACCAUUUGUUUCUUAUAAAAUAAAGAGCCCUAAGUUCCCAAAACCCUUUUUGAAUGUACUACCUCAAUAUCAAAAUAUUAAUGAUUCUUUAACUACUACAAUAGCAUAUAAAGAUCAAUAUAUAAAAACUUUACCAAAAAUACUAGAUAUCUAUGUAGGAUCACCUUGA